UCCUGGGAGCUGGAUCCCAAACCCACAGCACUGCCAACACGGUAAAAAAGUAAAUAGCAGAGGAGAAACAGUCAGAAGAGGAAAGGUCUUCUCCUCCGAGCCUGAGACGCCACAGAGGUGACUUUGUGACUGUCGUGAGGUUUCACAGGUAAAUCCUAGCCUUGGCCACAGUGACAGUGGAUCCCAGCAGGAGCUGAGAUGGCCACUGCACCAAAAGAGGCAGAAAAUGCUAUUGGCUUGGAGGAAAUCCACACAGAGGGAAAAGAACCACCAAAAGGGCAAAAGACAUUUACAGUGGAAGAAGCUGUGGAAACCAUUGGGUUUGGCAGGUUCCACAUCAUGCUUUUCCUCAUCAUGGGCAGCACUGGGGUGGUUGAAGCCAUGGAGAUCAUGCUGAUAGCUGUUGUGUCCCCUCUCAUCCGAUGCGAGUGGCAGCUUCAAGACUGGCAGGUGGCUUUAGUGACAACAAUGGUGUUUUUUGGCUACAUGGUGUUCAGCAUAGUGCUCGGGCUCCUGGCCGACAGGUACGGCCGCUGGAAGAUCCUUUUGCUCUCCUUCCUCUGGGCAGCCUAUUUCUCCCUGCUGACCUCGUUUGCCCCAUCCUACAUCUGGUUUGUGUUCCUGCGGGCCAUGGUAGGAGGUGGCGUGUCAGGCCACGCGCAAGGACUUAUCAUAAAAACCGAAUUUUUGCCCACCAAAUACCGGGGAUACAUGUUGCCCUUGUCUCAGGUGUUCUGGCUGGCAGGUUCCUUGUUAAUCAUUGGCCUGGCGUCAGUGGUGAACCCAACCGUCGGCUGGCGGUGGUUGAUCAGAAUUGCCUCCAUCCCUGGCAUUCUUCUCAUCCUGGUGUUCAAGUUCAUCCCGGAGUCAGCACGGUACAACAUGACCACAGGAAACACGGCGGUUGCGCUGGCCGCGCUGCAGAGGAUAGCCAGGAUGAAUGGGGUGGCCAUGCCAGAGGGGCAGCUGAGGGAGCCUGCCAAGGAAAGAAGGGGAAGAUUCAAGGACCUCAUCCACCCCAAAUACCUCAGAACCACUUUGCAGAUAUGGAUCAUAUGGCUUGGCAUAGCUUUCGCUUAUUACGGCGUCAUCUUGGCCAGUGCUGAGUUGCUGGAGCGGGACCUCGUCUGUGGCUCUGUGGCCCCACCACUGCAGGACUCUGGUGAUGACUCUGAGGAGAGCCACAGCCCCUGCCACUGCCACUUUUUUGGGCCUGCUGCCUACCAGACCAUGAUCAUCAGCACUGUCGGGGAGAUCGCACUAAAUCCUGUGAACCUUCUCAGCAUCAAUCUCCUCGGAAGACGUCUAAGCCUGUGUAUCACCAUGGGAUGUACAGCUCUAUUCUUUCUGCUCCUUAAUAUCUGCACCUCGAGCGCAGGCAUGGUUGGCUUUCUCUUCGUGCUGCGUGCCUUGGUUUCAGCAAACUUCAACACCAUCUACAUUUACACAGCAGAGGUUUAUCCCACCACAAUGCGAGCACUGGGGAUGGGGACAAGUGGGUCACUGUGCCGUGUGGGAGCUAUGGUGGCCCCAUUUAUAUCUCAAGUUCUUAUGAGCGCUUCUUUCAUUGGGGCCCUGUGUCUCUUCUCCUCUGUGUGCAUCGUGUGUGCCAUCUCUGCAGUCACACUGCCCAUCGAGACCAAGGGCAGGGCCCUGCAGCAAGUAAAAUGAGAGUGGAUGCUUGGUGCUGGAUUGGGUAGGAAAGAGAACAACCUCCUGGAAUCUGUCACUCCCUGUGAGCUGCAUUUGAUGUUGAUUGCUUCUCCAUGCUGUUUCCAUCACAAAAAAAUUGCAACUGAACACUGUAAGAGCUACGAUUUGCGUAGACAGAUGGGAAAUUUCUCAAGGACCUUUCCUUCCUUAUGAUUCAAUAAACACGUUUUCUACCCUUCCUGUGAA